AAAUGUCAAGCGUAAUAAUCACAAAGGUCAACGCGUUAUCUCUCUCUGAUUUGAUGCGACUGCUAGCAGUGUGUUGCCUCACGUUCAACUUAAAUGACCACAGAAGAAUCUUACGCUUUGGACACCGUAGCGAAAGACCCGCCCACGUUGCGGAAAUGGUACGGGACGAGACACACGCAGAUACUCCUUCUCUUUCUUAUCAGCGCCAUCGAGUUUGGAACUCGGAUCCAUCUCUCCGUCGCCAUCGUCGCGAUGACAACGGCCAACUCCAGCGCAAACCCCGACGUAUCGACCUACAACUGGAGCUGGACCGAUCAUAGCGUGGUGUUGUCCUCGUACUAUUGGGGUUACGUGCCGCCGCAAUUAAUCGCCGGUCACUUGGUGGGGCGAUUCGGUGCGAAAUGGUUUCUGUUGCUGUCGGCAUUCGGCGGUUCCCUGUGCGCAAUUAUUAUUCCGUUUUUAGCCGCUUUUGGCCCUUGGACGGUGGUGGUCUCCAGAGUGGUUCAGGGAAUUUGCCACGGAUUUUUAUGUCCGUGUUGUCAUAGUAUGCUGGCGCAAUGGGUGCCAAAAUUCGAAAGGGCUCGACUAACUGCAUUUGUUUACGCUGGUGGACCGUUGGGGAUGGUGCUGUCGUUGGCUCUGAGUGGGUGGAUGUGCGGUUGUUGGCUGGGUUGGCCGCUUAGCUUUUAUGCGCACGGUUUGGUUGGAUUAAUCUGGUCCAUACUCUGGAUUUUUGUUGGCAGAGGAAGCCCUGCUGAGCAUCAAGGAAUUAGUCGUGAAGAACGCAUAUACAUCGAAACCUCAAUAGACGCUGGAGAUAAAAUACGCGUUACCUCCACUCCAUGGAGGUCGAUCUUCACGUCACUACCAGUCUGGGCGAUACUGGUGGGUAGUUGUGGAGAGGUUUGGGUAUUGACAACCUUGAUGACUAACAUCCCGACGUUCAUGGCAAAUGUCUUGCAUUUCGAAAUUGAGGAGAAUGGGUUAAUAUCCGCUGGUCCAUUUCUAGUUUUCUGGAUUUGUAGCUUCGGUUGGGGUUACCUCAUCGACUUUAUCAUUACACGUGGAAUUGUGUCUACUAGUACGGCACGGAAGAUUGCGACGGGAGUUGCUCUCUACACUCCAGGAAUCGGCCUUUUUGCUAUGGGGUUAAUAAGCGGCCUUAAUUUCGACGUCACCGCCAUAACGUUGGUCAUCCUCUUUGUUUCUGUUGGAAUUGCAUCCGGUUUCCUAAGUGGACUUCAAGUAAACCACAUAGACUUGUCACCCAUACACGCGAGCACGCUGAUUGGGCUUACGAAUGGUACCGCAAAUAUUCUCUCCGUGGUCGCACCGUUAAUUGUGCACUUAAUCGUCGUGGAAGCUACCGAUCCCGCACAAUGGGGCGUGUUAUUCUAUAUUGCAUCGGCCAUAUGCGUAACCUGCACGACCUUUUAUGUUAUUUUUUCUUCGGGUGAAACUCAAACAUGGAACGGCACUGACACCAAUUCAAGUAGUCAAAAACACCAGGCAAGAAGUGCACCCGAACAAGUUAGGCUUGAGCCUAUUUGAAAAAUAUUUUUUUUAAUUAUGAUAUAUUAAUUUUAUUAUAUACAGAUUAGUAGUUAAACUGCCCCACACAAUUUUUGUAAACUUGUAUACAUUUUCAGUUAAAACUAAAUGAAAACUUGACAGGCAAAGCAAAAAUCAUCGGGC